AUGGCCGAGUCUGGCCAGAACAACUCGCCCGCGGGCCAGACGCCCCGCCAGCGCCGCCGCAGUGCGGCGCUGUCGUGUGCCGAGUGCAGGCGGCUGAAGCUCAGGUGCAGCCGCGUAUUUCCGUGCAACAGCUGCGUCAAGAAAGGCUGCGCCCAGAUCUGUCCAAAUGGAUCACUCACUACUGGAAAGGGCAACAGAUUCAUCCUAGCGAAUACAGAAGUCCUGCACGACAAAAUCCACGAACUUGCGGCGCGCGUACGGCAACUGGAGGAUGCGCUUCGCGAGAGCCAUUCAUACGUCUCGAAGGACCGCCAUCCACUCCUGACCGAAGAGCUGCUACAGAUCAAACGACCUCUAGAACGUGAAGCUAGAGAUGAACUGCCAUUGCCAUCAGGUUCCAACAUGCUAGAGGUUACCCCGGAGACGAGCGAGGAAGCGGAGGAGGUUUUGGACGCGGUCGGGUCACUCGUCAUCUCAGACGAUGGCAAGGCUAACUUCUUUGGCACUACGGCCAACGCUUGGUACUACCUUCAAAAUGAAGGCGGCGACGAAGAUGCGACCAACGCGUCGGACAACCAGCCAUGGCUUAGUCGCACUUUCCCUUUCGCGCUCACGGUCAGCGAGACCGUAGACCAGAUUCGCGCAGAACUGUGGAACAACCUCCCCGGCGAAGAUGACGCACGGCAACUCGUCGAGAACUAUUACCAGUUAGCUGGCUGGAUGUACCGUCCCGUCGAGCCGGACGAUCUUUGGAUCAACAUCUUCAACCCUGUAUACCGGAUGACGCCAGACGAUGCAUACGACGCAGUGCAGUCGCACCGUAUCGCAGUCUUGUACCUUAUGUUUGCGCUCGCAGAGCUGCUCAACCUUGAACGCACACCGUACUCGAAGGAAGCAGACUUUUAUUACAAGCUAGCUCGCACAGCGCUGGCCGUGGACUCGGUCCUUGAAGAACAGAGCAUCCAGGCGAUUCAAGCCCUGGUGCUCAUGUGCCAUUACAUGUUCUUCGCGGAGAUACACGCGCCACGAUGGACUCUCAUGGGCCUGGUUGUGAAGCUCGCGCAAUCCAUGGGUCUUCAUCGGGACAGUUUGCGGUGGAAGAUGGGCGAAGACGAGGCGAAGAAGCGGCGAGCGCUCCUUUGGGAGGUGGUCACCUACGACUCAUGGCAGAGCCUGACCUAUGGGAGACCGCCGUCCAUGUCGAUGGUCCACGUCGAUUGCCAGUUCCCCGAAGCGCCAAUCAAGAACGAGCGAGGACAGACGGACAUGUCGUUCGAGAUGUGGAAGCACCGGUUCGUCGAGAACAUACAGAGUCAAGUGCACGAUUUGGCAUUCUGCGCGAAGCCGGCGAGCUACAAGGUUAUCCAAGAGCUCGACAACAAAGUCCGCACGUUUCCCUUCCCACCCUCGCUCCAAAUUGUAGGCUUUGGCGGGCAACAUGUCGACAAGGAGCCGCCUCCGGUCACCCUUGUCAUGCAGCGCUACAUCGCGCACGCCAUCUGGGAGAUGACCAUUUUCUACAUGCAUCGUGGCUUCUUCGCGCGCGCGCUCGAGGACUCCACGGGCAACCCACUCAGUCACAAAUACUCGCAGUCCGUUCUGGCGGCCAGCAUGAGCGCAUGCACGUUCAUCGCGCUGAUCGAGAGUGUCUUCGCCCAACAUCCCCGUCUUACGGAGCGCAUGUGGUUCUUGUUCACGCACGUCUUCUCCUGUGCCGUUGUACUCGGCUCGAUCGCCAUCAAAUGCCCGCAGAACUCGCUCUCCCGCAACGCUUUGAUGCAUCUUGACAAAGCUAUCGUCAUGUACGAGCACGUCCUGACGCCGAACGCUGCCAAGGUGCUACCCGUGCUGAGCAAGCUUCGAGAGCGCGCGUUGAGUGCUCCGGCUGAAGCCGGCGAGUCGCCUCCACGUAGUACGCCCGAGCGGGAGGAAGAGAGGAAACGCGAAAACGAAGAGCUCGCGACUCUAGGUGGAAAGACGCGGCUUGUUUCGCGGAACAAGAAUGGCUCGACAUCCAACCCAACCUCCCCUUCCGCGUCGGGUUCGGCUUCGCAAAAGGCGGGAUCUCUGAGCCCGACCAUGACACCUUUCCCGCCGGCACAGUCUCCAGAGUCUAUCCAGGGGCCUAUGGAUUACACUUCGAGUCAAGUAGGCGGUUACCCGGCGCGGUCAGCGACGUCGACAUCUCCAACAAGCCCUCAAGACUCGUACCAUCAAUUGGGCCUGCCGCCGCCCUUGUCGGCGUCUCAUGCGCAGCACUAUCCGCAGCAGAGCUUGCAAGGGCAGGCCUCCGCGGCGUAUGGCACCAAUGGCAUGCAGCCACAAGGCACCAGCCAAUACCCGUUACCAGGCAUACAGGGCUUCUAUCAGCAACCGCAGAGCAAUCCGCACCAACGAUAUCAGGCACAGCCGCAGCAACAGCUUGCGUACGGCCAGUCGACCACUUGGACUGGCGGUACCGGCUUCGAGCAAAGCGCUUCGCCCGAUCAAAUGCAGUUCGCACCUAUGAAUGGACACGGCCAAUUUCAGGGCGUGUACGACCAGACUAUGAGCGGUGUCCCGCAGAACAACGGCCAGCCAUUUAUCACGACUGGAGGCCCUUGGCAGCAUACAGACUAUAACUACGGCGGCUAUGCGCAGGGACAGCAGGGGCAGUCAUUCGACGGACAGUACCCGAACUACGACGCAAAUCAGGCUCUCGCGUCCGGGUCGUACCUCACCAGUCCUACGACAGCCUUCGAACCGGAGUCCGCUUGGAAAGCGCUGUACUCGCAGUGGGACCCCAGGACCCAGGCCCCUUUAUGA